GAUUGUUCAUAAGGCUCAUUUGCGUGAGUUUUGUGCAAUAUUCUAUUUAAAACACAUAUAAAGUAACGACUACGUUACUGCAACAAUGUUAGAGAGCAUGCUGAUUCGGUGACCACAGAUCGAAGCUGUUGGCUAGAGAGUGAUGUGGACGUUAGAAUCUAGCAGACCUAGAGAUCCUUGGAUGGCUCACCAACGAGGCAUAGGUGUAGGCAUGAACAGUGACAGCAAAGCUGGUUUUAUCUCGCAUCUCCCUCUUCCACCGCCCCCUCCGCUCAGCGUGCCACUUCCAGUUGCCGGAGGAGGUGGAAAUGGAAUAUCAGCACUUGGGUCAAGAAUGACAGCAACAUACCCAUGUACAUUUCCUAGAGUGCCAGUGAUGCAGCAUCAACAACUUUCUGCAGCCCAAGCCCUAACUCAGAAUCGGCCACUGGGAAUGAGGUUUCAGUCAACACAGUUUUGCAGCCCCCAGGUGAAAACAGGCUUUCAACUUCCACCAGGGCCAAGUCCAAGCCUCUAUGAAGUGCCAUAUCGGCCUGCUGGCCAGCAGGCAUUUAAGAGCAGUGCUACUCUCUUAACCACUGCUUCUUGUAUAAGGCUGCAACAAGCUUACCCACCUGUUCCCACGAAUAUACCUCCAUUUAGACAUCUCUGGCCAAAGGUUCCAGUAGCCCAGUCAGUUACACCGUCAUUGUCUUCCAUAGCAUUGGAUGCUACCAGGUCUGGUUUACCCACCUUUGUUCCAUCUAGUAAUAAUGUACCUGUAGUGAGCAUGCAGGUCUAUCCGCAGACCUGCGACAAUGUAACAGUGCCUCCUGAUGACACUGGGCAGGUGGUGGCAGAUACAGCGGCCAUGUCCGGAAAAGAGGAAGUGGUCGAUGCAGGAAGCACAACAACACCACAGAGUGAAACCAUUAUUCCGGAACCAUCUGGUCAGGCGCAAAAGCGCAAGUUGUCUGGAAAUGCAUCUAUAGAAAAUUCUUUGGACAACGAUGUUAAGGUGCCAGUGGACAUGUGCCAACCAUUAUACUGUAAGCUGUGCAAUGUUAGCUGCAAUGCACCAGCACAGGCCACUGCCCACUACACAGGGAAAAGUCACUCAAAAAAGGCAAAACAGUAUAUAGUCAAUGCAAAGAAACUGAAAGCUGUGGACGAAACUCUAGUCAAUUCCUGUAAAACACAUGCAGUUACUACUGUUGCUACCAAGUCAAAAAUUACCAAGAUUGAGGCAGCGGUGCAAGCAGCGGGUAAGCGACAAAAAGAAAAGGCCGUGAAGAACCUGCCCAUGCCGAAUUUUGCUGAGCUCUUCACGUCUGAGGAGGGAAAGAGCUGUCAGUUGUGUUGUGUGGUUUUCACGUCCCCAUACCAUGCCAGGCAGCAUUACGAUGGAAAGCCUCAUCAGAAAAAGAUGUUGCAGAAAGUAAAUCCACCUCCAACCAUCGUCGUAUCCAAAAAGCAGAUGACCAAGACGAUCAAAUACACAUGCACACUCUGCAACAUGCAUCUCAUAUCAAGGGAACAGCUUCAGGACCAUAUCGAUGGAGCUAAGCAUAAAUCCAAAGUCAAUGGCUUGGACGACAUCAGUGGGCUUUUAAAACGCAGAUGGGUCAAUGCAGAGAAAUCGGAUGAUGAAGAAAAAGAUGCCGAUCUUCCAGUUUACGUCGUCGUAAGCGAAACCUACGUGCCAGUGGCGCCCUCUACCAAGGCGAAAGUCUCACACAAGAGCGGCUUCUCAAUGUACAAGACACCAAGCGGGAAGUUCUACUGCUCGUGCUGCGAUACCAUGUUGAACUCGGAGUCACACUUCGCUCAGCAUCUUGACAGCAAGAAGCACAAGCAGACGUCUGGCGUGAAAAAUGUCUCAAUGUCGUGAAUGAAUAGUGUUUCCUGAUCGCCAGUAGGGAAGUGAGAUUCCCCAUUCUAGAGCAAUGUACAAAUGGUAACAUCCCAGUUGGUCUACUCCCAUUUUGCCUUCGUCUACUCUCACAAUCGGCAAUAUUCCCAUUUCGCCUACCCCCGUUGUUUCAUUUUUAUGUUAUUGUUUUCUAUUUUUGUCAAGUUGU